CUUCUACCCCUCUUGCUUUGCUCGUUGUCAUAACACUCUUUUGGCUUAUAUUGGUAAAUCCGAGUUAUUGAUCACAUUCUUUCCUGUCUGGGGCGUUCAGCUAAGGUCGUAUCGCCCCGCAGAUCCUGAGCCCGACUCCCAAGAAACAGACCACUCACUGGUGCGAUCAAAGCUCUGCUUGGGCUUGGAGUGCCUUCAAUCCUAGCUCUCAUAUCUGUUUGAAGGCGGUUUCAACCACUCAGCGCCUACGAAAUGGAGGAAACUCUCGCCUCGACUCUGGCCAAUCUGAAUCUUAACGCCCAGAACCUUGACGCGGCGGCCUUCGACGCCCGGAUCGCCGACGAAGAGAAUGGCUCGUAUCAGAGCCAAGGACCUCGACAGAGGAAGCGCCAAACCGCAGCUGAUUUGAAGGACGAGCUCGAGACCGAGUUUCUGUCGCCGUCAUCGAAUUUUAGCCCUGAUUGGCUGAAUCGACUCCAAAGGAGGUGGGAUGUCUCAGCGGACUACACGGACCUUUUCGAGGUAGCACCUACUCAAACGCGAACCGUCGUCCGAUUCGACCGUGAAGGUCUGGAGGGACGUGUUACCGGCUACCAUGAGGUUACUGUCCCCGCCACCAGCGCGACUGCUAAAAACUCCACGUCUCUGCUCCGUCGCCCGGCCGGGCGCGCGGACUUCGUUCGAGGCGCGGCGGGGUUCUUCCCCUUUGCGCCGGGUGGAUUGGAAGGGGUCGAAGCGAUAGCUGAAAUGGAGUCCGAGACGCAGGAGGCGGAUCAGCCGCGAUUUGGCGGGAAGAACGCAGGGCUCGAUCGGAUUAUUAACUUCGGAGCUGAUGGUGGGCUCUUGGAAGAAGCGCCUGGGUUUUCGCGCGGAAUUAAAUUCGACGAAGCGAAGACUAAGGAAGCUGCAGAGGGUGAUGAGGAAGUCGAGCAUGUGCUUCAACAGGAGGAGAGCGAAUUCCCUGUGGAGCAGGAUGAGGCUGCGUCGGAUGUUGAAGGAGGGGUGAAGAUCGAAGAUGAAGGGGAUGAUAGUGGGGAGGAGGAAGAUAUUGACUCGUUGCUGCCAGUUGAAUUCCCUUCGUUUGAGCCGCGCGCUCCACUGUUUGGAGGUGCCCAAAGAAAGGGAGGCAGGGAGUGGGCGCAUGUUGUCGAUGUCAACAAAGACAUUCCAAAUUUCGGCGACCUCGUCCCUGAUAUGGCUCGUGAGUGGCCGUUCGAGUUGGAUACCUUCCAGAAAGAAGCCGUGUAUCAUCUCGAGGGCGGCGAUUCUGUUUUCGUCGCAGCCCAUACCUCAGCUGGAAAGACGGUCGUCGCCGAAUAUGCCAUUGCUCUGGCCGCUAAGCACAUGACGAAGGCGAUAUACACCUCUCCGAUCAAAGCGCUGAGCAACCAGAAAUUCCGAGACUUUAGGACCGAAUUUGACGACGUCGGAAUCCUCACGGGAGAUGUUCAAAUAAACCCGGAAGCGAGCUGCUUGAUCAUGACCACGGAGAUCUUGCGCAGUAUGCUUUACCGCGGAGCGGACUUGAUCAGAGAUGUCGAGUUCGUGAUCUUUGACGAAGUGCACUAUGUGAACGACCUUGAACGAGGUGUUGUCUGGGAAGAAGUCAUCAUUAUGCUUCCAGAGCAUGUCACCUUGAUCCUCCUCUCUGCCACCGUCCCCAACACCCAGGAAUUCGCCUCGUGGGUCGGCCGUACCAAGAAGAAGGACAUCUAUGUCAUUUCAACCGCCAAACGGCCGGUUCCGCUAGAGCACUAUCUCUGGGCUGGUAAAAGCAAGCACAAGAUUGUAGACUCAAACAAGAGGUUCCUGGAAGGCGGCUGGAAAGAAGCGGACGACUCGAUCUCGGGUAGAGACAAGGUCAAGGCUCAAAAAGCCGCUGAAGCGCAAGCUCAGUCCCAGGCCGCCAGAGGAGGCAACCAAGGAAGAGGACGUGGCCAAGCUCCCGGCAGAGGAGGCGCGCGAGGCAAUGCACAGCGCGGGGGUGGUCAACGAGGCAGAGGAGCGCCAUCCAACCGUGGGUCGGGGAAUAUCGCGCGUACAGGGCGAGGCGGAGGGCGGACGACGGCCGCCCAAGACAAGACCAUUUGGGUGCAACUUGUGCAACAUCUUCGCAAAGAAAACCUGCUCCCGGGGUGUAUUUUCGUGUUCUCUAAAAAGAGAUGCGAGGAGAAUGCCGAUUCGCUGUCGAACCAGGACUUCUGUACCGCCUCCGAGAAGAGUCUGAUCCACAUGUUUAUCGAGAAAUCGUUGACUCGCCUGAAGCCCGAGGAUAGGGUGCUCCCGCAAAUUCGCCGGCUGCGCGAUUUGCUGAGCAGGGGUAUCGCUGUUCAUCACGGAGGCCUUCUGCCAAUCAUGAAGGAGGUUGUCGAAAUCCUGUUCGCGAAAUCCUUGGUCAAGGUCUUGUUCGCCACGGAGACGUUUGCCAUGGGGCUGAACCUUCCCACUCGCACGGUGGUCUUCUCUGGAUUCCGUAAACACGAUGGAAAGUCGUUCCGGGAUCUGUUGCCGGGUGAAUAUACGCAGAUGGCUGGGCGCGCUGGGCGGAGAGGUCUCGAUACCGUUGGUUAUGUGAUUAUCGUGAACCCCGGUAAAGACGAAGCGCCGCCGGCAGGUGCUUUGAGGAAGAUGAUUCUGGGCGAUCCCACCAAGCUUCGGUCUCAGUUCCGGCUUACGUACAAUAUGAUUCUGAACCUCUUGCGUGUGGAAGCUUUGAAGAUCGAAGAGAUGAUCAAGCGAAGCUUCAGCGAGAAUGCCACCCAGGCUCUGCUCCCUGAGCAUGAGAAACAGGUCCAGCUGUCGGAGGCUAGCUUGGCGAAGAUUAAGCGCGAGCCUUGCGAUAUCUGUGACAUCGAUCUUUUGGCCUGUCACGAGGCUGUCAUUGAGUAUGAGCGGCUUACCUGUGAGCUCCAUGUCGGGCUCCUCUCUUCUCCUGUCGGGAAACGCUUAUUCAUGCCAAAGCGAUUGAUUGUCUACCGGAAGGACGGAUCACGAACGGCUGGUGUCAUCAUACGAGAGAUCGGGGGUGGUGCUACGCCUAAUAUACAGGUCCUCGAGAUCGGCAAGCUGAGCAGCAAGCGACACCCGAGUGACAUUCUUCCCUUCCUCCCGAAAUUCCGCUCCAUGCUACAGUCUCUGCCCACAAGCGCCAGCGAUAUGACGUUGAAAGUCUUCAAGAUCCCGCUCACGGACCUGGAGUGUGUCACCAACACCGUUGUCAAACUGGGAGGGCCCGCGUGGUACCUGAACAUCAAGAAAGAAGCGGUUAAGUUCGCGGAUAAAGAAUUGUCCAAGCUGUGCGCGUCGUGGACGACCCCUGUCUGGGACGAGAUUGACUGGGCUCGGAUUAAAGAGCUGCAGGUGAGGGAUGUUUUGGAGAAGCGACAGGCGCAGGCGACUCUGGCUCAGUCUUGUCGAUGCUUGCAAUGUCCGGAUUUCGUGAAACAUUUUGAGAUGCAACACGACGAGUGGCAUGUUAAGGAGAACAUUUCGCAGUUGAAGCAGCUUAUGUCCGAUCAGAAUCUCCAGCUUUUGCCGGAUUAUGAACAGCGGAUUCAGGUGUUGAAGGAUUUGGGCUUCGUUGAUGAGAGUUCUCGCGUGCAGCUGAAGGGUAAAGUGGCGUGUGAGAUUCACUCAGCAGACGAGCUCGUGUUAACAGAAUUGAUCCUCGAGAACGUCCUCGCCGAGUACGAGCCCGAGGAGAUCGUCGCCCUCUUGUCAGCGUUCGUCUUCCAAGAGAAGACAGAGAACGACCCGACCCUCACCCCCCGUCUCGAAAAGGGCAAGAAGGCCAUCGUGCGGAUCUCAGAGAAGGUCAACGACUUCCAGAUCCAACACCAGGUGAUCCAGUCCAGCGAAGACAGCAACGACUUCGCCAGCCGGCCGCGGUUCGGCCUGGCGGAGGUAGUCUACGAAUGGGCCAAGGGCAUGUCCUUCAACCGCAUCACGGACCUGACGGACGUGAUGGAGGGGACGAUCGUGCGGACGAUCACCCGUCUGGACGAAACGUGCCGCGAGGCCAAGAAUGCAGCCAAGCUGGUGGGCGAUCCCACGCUGUAUAAUAAGAUGCAGCAGGCGCAGGAGCUGAUCAAGCGGGAUGUGAUUUUUGCGGCUUCCUUGUAUAUGUAGGGAGCACUUGGCACUUCUUUCGGUACAUACUACAAGAUACCUAGUACUAGACUCUAGAUACCUAUGGUGAAUAGAUGGGGCGAUGGGAAGCCACGUGGAGGCUGGGUUAAUUGAGUUGAUUGUUUGAUCCUUUGGACUUG